AUUCUCUCCGCGCUUGCCCCGGAAGUGGUGGAUGAUGGGAUCUCCCGGAAGGAAGCGGUGAAUGCUGGGAUCUCCCGGAAGGAAGCGGCUCGGCUUUGGGCUGAGGCCGGGGAUCAGCCUGGAAGGAAGGAAUGUGUGAUGAGGCGCUCGGUGUCCCGGCUGGUAUGGCUCUGCUUGGUGUGCGGGUUCUGCUCUCUCCUCUACGCCCUCACACAGAGGGGGAGUGGAGACACCGAGACCCGGCAGCCGCUCAUCUCACCUCCCCGCUGGCGGCUGGAGCAACCCCAGAGAGCCAGGUGUAAGAAUUUCUCUGUUUCUUUCUGGAAUCCCUAUUGGAUGCUACCCACUGGUGUGUGUGGAAAGGACUGCUUUUGGGAAGCUGCUUUUAGAUACAAUCUUCCUGUAAAACAUGGCCUGGACACUAUGCACUUGGCAGUUGUGGCUUGUGGUAGUAGACUGGAAGAGACUAUUACGAUGCUGAAAUCUGCACUUCUGUUUAGUAGAAAACCUCUUCAGGUUCACAUCUUUGCUGAGGACCAGUUGCACAGUGACUUCACUAUUAUUUUAAACAGCUGGGGGAAUGCAAAGAAAUUUAAAUAUACUUUGUACCCUAUAUCUUUUCCACCGGAAAAUGCAGCAGAAUGGAGAAAACUCUUUAAGCCCUGUGCAUCACAAAGACUGUUCCUGCCGUUAUUACUGAAGGAUGUGGAUUCGUUAUUGUAUGUUGACACAGACAUACUGUUCUUGCGUCCUAUGGAUGAUAUUUGGUCUUUCUUGAAUGAAUUUAAUUCAACACAGAUUGCUGCUAUGGCUCCUGAACAUGAAGAGCCCCGCAUAGGAUGGUAUAACCGCUUUGCUCGGCAUCCUUAUUAUGGAAAGACUGGCAUUAACUCUGGAGUUAUGUUAAUGAACAUGACUCGUAUUCGAAUGAAACUCUUUAAGAAUGACAUGACAACCGUUCGUCUGCAUUGGGGAGAAAUCCUGAUGCCAUUGCUGAAAAAGUACAAGUUAAAUAUAACUUGGGGGGAUCAGGAUCUGCUCAAUAUUAUCUUCUCUCACAACCCAGAAAGCCUUUUCGUCUUCCCGUGCCAGUGGAAUUAUCGUCCUGAUCACUGCAUCUAUGGAAGUAAUUGUAAAGAAGCUGAAGAUGGUAUUUUUAUUUUACAUGGGAACAGAGGAGUAUACCAUGAUGAUAAACAGCCAGCCUUUAGAGCUGUGUAUGAAGCACUACGUAAUUUUUCCUUUGGAGAUGACCUCAUCCGCUCUUUAUUAUAUCCUUUAGAACUGGAAUUGCAGAAAACUGUGCACACAUACUGUGGAAAGAUAUACAAACUGUUCACCAGACAGCUGACAAAUAGCAUUGACGACUUUUAUGCGCAGAGAUCAAAUGCAAGGUGAUGCUUUUGGCAGAGCUCUAUUAUGUGUGGACUAAAUGGAAUUGCACAAAGAACAGAACGGCAGCAAUCAUACGCUUCUGUUCAGAGGAAGCACUACAUGCUGUGUACACCGUUACUGGAAACCAUUGUGUUGGGCCAUCAAAAUGAACAAAAGCUUUCAACAUAUCCUUGUGCGUUCUCAUAAUCUAGUACAGAUAGCGGGAUAUGUUGUACAUUUAAGUGUAAAUAAUUUUUACUAUUUCCUGUAGCUUGUAUUCAAGCCAAAUAAAAGAUAAUGAUGGUG